CCGCAGCGCGGCCAUGGCGGGCGCGGCGCGGCGCGGGGGUAGCGCCGUGUGCCGCUCCCGGGACCCCGCCGUGUACCGCUCCCGGGACCCCGUCCGCAACUUGCGCCUACGGGUCCGUAUCCAGCGGGUCGCGCCGGCCGGGCCUCUCCUGCCGCGGGCGCCGCUGUCGCCGCUCGCCGGCCCCGAGCGCCCAGGCCGGGCCGAUCGCACCGCCAGUGCGGGAGCGGUGCCGCUGCGGGUCACCGCGGCCUCUCUCGUCGGAGCCCAGAGACCCCCGGAGGAUGAGGAGGAGGUGGCCGAGGUGGGGUGGCAGGAGAAACUCUUCAGCCAGUUUGAGGUGGAUCUGUACCGGAGUGAGUCAGCCUGCCAGACUCCUCUGGACUGGCAGUACCAUGAGGAGAUCCAGAAGCUAGAGAAGGCUGGAGGUCGGAAGAACUGUCGCAUCUUUACCUACACUGACCAUGACCGAUUCACCGACCUAGAGGAGCUCUGCCAGAAGGUAACUGACUUGGAUAAUGAAGUGCCAUCAUAUCUGGUUGAGAGGAUGGCCAACGUGAGGAGGAGAAGACAGGACCGUAGACCUGUAGAAGCAAGUUCUCUGAAGUCAAAAAUCAUCACCUGGGAACCUUCAGAAGAAUUUAUAAAGAACAAUCAUGUCAUUAACACACCUGUCCAGACCAUGUACAUCAUGGGGGACUUGGGACCUUAUGGGAAGCUUGGUCACAAGGAGUAUGAAAAUGUGCUUUGCACAAUCAAGGUGGAUGGCAAUGGGGUGAUCACAGUGAAGCCUGACUUCACUGGCACCAAAGGAGCCUACCGGAUCGAGCUGGAUGGAGAGAAGCGAGAGGUGUGGGAAUACACUAUUGAGAAUGCUUCUGCCCAGGUGAAGCCAGAGGAGGAGGAGCGUGAGCAGCGUGUAUUCAGAGAACUGUAUGGGCGGCACAGGGAUUACCUCAGUGGGCUCGUGGGCUCAGACUUUGAAAUGCCUCUUCCUGGUACUCUGAGACUUUUCAUGAAUGGAGAAAUAGUUUCAGCUCAAGGCUAUGAGUAUGACAACCUUUACGUACAUUUCUUCCUGGAGCUGCCUAACCAGUGGUCAAGCUCCCCGUUCCAUCAGCUCUCAGGAGUGACGCAGACCUGUGCCACCAAAAGAGUGGGGAGGGAGAAUGUGGCAUAUUUCUGCUACCCCUUCACUGUGGAGAUGUUUUACACCCAAGAAGAUGAAGACAGUCUCCCUCAGUGGCCUGUUCUCUACUUUGAGGUCCUGUCCCUGGAUUUCUGGCAGAGGUAUCGUGUGGAAGGAUAUGGGUCCUUGGUGCUGCCAGCAUCUCCAGGUGUCCACAUGCUCACCAUCCCUACCUGGCGUCCUGUGGAUCUGGGAACUGUUGCUGAAAUGAGGAGGUUUUUCAUUGGGGGAUCUCCUGAGCUGGAGGACUUAACCUACAUCCGGGUACCAUCGACCUUCAAGGGAAAGCGCUUGAGCCGCUUUGGUUUCCGGACAAAGACCACAGGGAGUGUCACAUUCCGGCUCUAUUGCCUGCAGCAGUCCAAAGCCUUUCUGGAGAACAGUGCCCUGAGACAGCGCAUGCAGAGUGUACUGGACCGACUGGGAGGCUUCAGCCAGCAGAGCUCUGUCUACAAUGUUUUGGAGGCUUUCCAGCGGGCACGGCGCCGGAUGCAGGAAGCGCGGGAGAGCCUUCCCCAGGACCUCAUCAACACUUCUGCCUCUGCUGUGCCCCAGCCCCUGGAGCCAUGAGUGUCACCUCUGCUGCUUGGAGCACUUGGCAUCCUCCCUCCAACACGAGCUCCCACCCCUCAGCAGGAGUCCCAGUGCUGGUGCCUGGAAGCUUCAGAAGCCCUUCCUUUUUUGUUUUCCUUGGGUGGGAGAGGGAGCUUGUAACACCUCCAGGCCCAGAAUUUGCAUUUCCACAAGUAUCUGUGGAAGGAAACCUGUUUUUCAAGGCCGUUUGUUACCAAGCUCAAACAAUACAACCAAUUUUUCACAUUUCUUCUGAAAUACUGAUAUGGAACCUGUGAACCCUGUAACACCUUUUCAGGGAUUGAAAAUGAAGUAAUGAGAAAAAUUGAAAUGACUUGGUAAAUUUAGUUUUCUUCUUAGAGAAGAAAAGGUCAAGGCAUGGAUGCUGUUUGAGAUGAAUGAGUAGAUAACCUCUUGAGAAAUGCUGAUAAUUGUUGUUAGCUGUUGUGUGCAGGGCAAUCAAUAGUAAAAUUAAUCCAUCCACCUCUACCUUAAGACUGAUUCAUUCCUAGAGAAAGAGAGCUGUCUGCCACAUGUAAUAUAUGAAAUUCAAGCAAAGAAAGACAGAUGGAGAACUGCACAAAAGGGUUACAUUCUGCAUUUCCUUCUGUGUGCCCAUAAGGUCUGGCUCUGCAGUGGUGAGCAGGAGGUUUCUUUGUUCAGGAAUACAAUUGAAAACACACCUCACCUCAGAGCUUUGGCUGAGGCUGGAAGGUUUGCAGACAGUGAGAACAGUUUAUAACAUUUGCACAGCAGCUGAACUUUGAACUGUUCAAGCUGUUCAUUUGAGGUUGAUGUUUGUUGGUGGUUCGUUGUUGCAUCUCUGAUUGCAGAACACUGUGGUGCUUCCUGGGAAAGCUUGUGUUUACCCACUCUUUACCCACUUUCUUCUGUUCUUUUCUCAGUUUUUUCCCCCUAUUUUUAUUUCUGUCUCAAGUUCAGGGGAACAUAGCUCCCUGCAGACUGACAGUGGCCAGGCAUUCCUGGCCAGGCACAGGCCAGGAAUUGCUGCAGAUUCUUGGGGGUCCCAGAGUGGGUCUAGCAAUGAGACUCUGAGGUCUGUACAUGGCUGGCAGCCCCCCAGCUCUGACUACACCAGCUACAGCAGCGUAGCUGGUUUCUCUGGGGCUUUGUCUGCUUAUUCCUUUCAGAAAAUUGGAGCUAUGAUGGUUUUUGAGAGCCAGCUGAACUUCCAGCUGAAUGGGCAUCUGUCCGAGACUGGAUCAAGCAGCUUCACCGGUGCUUUGGGCUUCGUGGGGGCAGGACUCAGCCCAAAGGCCCUCAGGGCCUUCCAGGGUCGAAUUAAAUGAGCUGUGCAAACAAAAGGGAAUGGCAGGAAUGAUAGCUUGGUGGAGGAAAAGGCUGUGGGCAGUUGACAGAGCCUGCAUGAUGCAAAUCAACACCCAUUAGAAAUUCCAGUGUAACAGAAAAAAACCUCCUAGAGAUGAAUCACUCACAUGAUUGGAACAGCUUCCCACCAAAGUCAGACUGCAGGAAUGGGUUUUGGUCUCAAUGGAGGAAGAUUUGGGCUGUGAUAACUCUAAACUGGAGACUUGUCAGGAAAUCUCAAAUGGCACUUCAGCUUGGCCCCAUCCCAGGACUGGAGAUGUGCACCAGGAGUUGCAUCCUUCCUUUGUGAAGGAUGCUGGGAUGUUGGGAUGUGUACCAGGAGGGGGUUUUGGGGAGGACACUGGAAUGUACACCAGGAGGGGUGCUUGGGAAGGACUCUGGGGUGUGAAUCAAGAGGGAUGUUUGGGAAGGAUGAUGGGAAUAUGCACCAGAACAGGUAUUUGGGAAGGAUAUUGGGAUGUGCACCAAGACAGGGGGUUUGGGAUGUGUGGAGCUGCCAUCUCUGGGCAGGAGGAGCUGCAGCAGGACCAUGUCCUACAGAGAUUUGUCCUGCCCCUGGCUGGUGUGUGGGGAGGGGAGGAGUAUUUUAUUUGCACCACGGGGUUUAAGUGGUCGUUACUAAAUCACUACUGGAGGUUGAUUGUUGGAUCAGUAUGUUUAAAUUUUAGCCACGGGAUUGGAGUAGCAGAGGAAGGCUCCCAGCAGCAAAGGGAAGUUCUGGGCUGCUUUGCCUCUCACCCCUUGCUGCUGUUUUAUUAAUGCUCAUUGUUCUCCCAAGGUGCAGCCCACGUUCUCUGCAGCUAAUGCCAAUGUUUUAAUGCAUGGCAGAGUAAAGCUGACCUGAGCAAAAUCCCACUUCAUUGGAUCAGUCAAGAAAUAAGUGUCUGUGUGCCCUGUUCCUGCACUGAAAUGAUUGCUUUGGUUUGAUUUAAUAUCCCUCACUGCUUUGGGUCAAGGAAGUUUUUAAGUGAACCCUAGUGCCGUGUAGGCUGGAGAUGCUUCCCUUUCUCUCUCAUCUGUCAAAAUAAUUUUCUAGGGUAACACAGAGUAUCAGAGAGGACUGACGGAAUCAGACUUCUCUAUAAUUUAUUCACAAGUUCUUGUACUUAAAAUCAUCUGACUUUCACAACAGUUGGCAGGAUUUCUACAAUGCGUGAAAGUGAAACUUGUCUUGGAGGUGUGUGAUUCCAGGUUGUUUCAAGCUUUCCAGAUCUGAGAAUGAGAGGAUCAGCUUUUGGGAAGGUGGGUUUCCCAUGACUUAAUAUGACCUUAGAAAGCCAGAAAGGUCAGGCUCAAUAUCAAGGUCUAAUGCACAAAUUUCUUCAGGCAGCAUAACAGAUGUUCAUCUGUGAAAAAUCUGAGAAAUAUUUUUCAACUUGUUCCUUACAUAAAGACAGAGAAUACAGAU